AUGACUGUCAGAGAUUUGAAGAGAGAUAUUAGCGUGCAAAGAACACAUUACGUGUGUUUCAACAUCGAUGAUGCUGCGUAUGCCGGUGCUUUCAGGUCCGAGGAUCCCAAAGAGAUGCAUUUAGUGAAAGCUUUGAAUCUCUUUUUCAAAAGAUACGAUGCCGGACUUUUGAUGUCUUCGAAGUUGAACAUAUCCAUAUGGAGGGAUGCGAAAUUUUACAACAUUUUCGACGGCCAAGCGAGAGGAGACGACUGCCUUCCAAUUACAGUCGGAAGUGGAGGAUCUGCUAAGUUGAUACUGGUUCGUGAUCUGACCGGUGUUGUUUUUGUGAUCUUAGAACGAAGUUGUGUCAGUAAUGAGCCAUUCGUUUUAUUUCCAAUCACUGUUAUUAAUGCGUACAAGAUUCCUUCGCAUCCCGACGAUCCUGAAGAGCCUUUCAAAUCUAUAGGAGCACCCAAACGAAGGCCAAGUGACUAUAAGAUUCAAGAAAAGUUCCGAGCUUUGGUCCAAGGGACCUAUCACCUGAUGCAUCCUGAAGUGCCAGCUGAACUCCGGGGUCGAGGUCACCUGAUGAUUGCUGUCGCAGCGAUUGUUUACUCCCGUCUUAUAAGUGCCAAGAAGUGGAGCUCGGUGAUAGUCGACUUGAUAUUCAAUCAGGCGCAUAUUUACAUGAUCGAUUUGGUGCGAGCACUGGAGAAGAAGCUGGAUGAUACUUUUGAACUGAAAAUAGAUGAUCUUAUGGGGGACGUAAUUUUGGGCGUGUACUCCGCCAAGAUAAACGUGACGGCGAACGUUGUGCCUGGACAGAAGAAAAAAGGGAAAUCGACUAUCGAUGCUGGGAUUCGAGAGUUUUUUCAGCAAUACCAAUCGGGCAUUUUAGAGAUAAAGCAAAUAUUUUUUCCAAUUUGGAAAGAAGAGAAUAAGUUCUAUUUUCUUGAUCCAUUCGGUUGCGACGACGAGGGAUUCCGAGUCGAUCCUGAUGACCCUACGGACGCAAACAGAUAUAAGAUGUCGAAACCGUGUGCGACAAUGAAUAGUUCCGUUAACGAAUUGGUUGAAACGAUUCUCCAAAAUACCGGCAACAAAGACAAGGAUCCGUUUAUCUUACACGCGCUUCGUGUACUCUACAUAAAAACUGGCAGCACUCCAGGAGGACCGCCAGACAACGUUAUUUAUCGUGAAAAACGAACAAACCGCAGACCAUUGGCUCAGGAAUCCCAUCAAGUGAAAAGUAUAGACCAACAUGAUGCCGAGUGCAGAACUAAGAUUGAUAUGGUACCGAAACCGCGAUCAGAUGCCGAAAAAACGAAGGAACAGCAGACCCAAUUUCCAGAGUUGAUGAGCAAUGUCGAUGAUUAUAUGAUGAAAGCAGAUGAACCAGGAUCCUUCAUAGUAAAAAGACCGUCAGUAGAAUUGCUGGGUGAAUUCAGGUACGGCGCUUCAUCAGCUGAGCAAAUUACUGCACCCGACGAAGUUGCAUCAAAAUCUAAUGACCCUGAAAUUCGAUACAUUUUUGGUUACCACGUAGUGAAUCCUCAUCGCCUGUCGUUGCGAGGUGAAAAAAACUGUCUUGCUGAGCAAUUCGAGGAACGAGCUCGUGGGCAACAAGGAUUAAUUAUUGCGUUGACGGCAAUGGCAUAUGGCAAAGUGAAACCACCCGACUCUUGGCGAAAUAUUGAUGUUAAUCAGAUUAUCGACGUUGGAGAUAAGGCUUAUACCAGUACGAUCACUUGGAUUCAGCGUGGCAGUCCGGCUGAAAUGGAGAAAAAAGAUAAGGGUGAUCCUGUGGACGACGAUGAUGAAGAAGAAGGGAACGAAGAAGAGGGCGACGAAGAGGAGGAAGAAGACGAAGAAAAUGAAAACGAAGAAAAGAAAAAAGGCAAACAAGAAUUUAAGGGAAAACUUCAACCGGCACCAAGUCAUCUCGACGUUACAAUGCUACCUGAGAAAAUAAUGCUCGGUGAAAACGAAGUGCAGUUCAAGAAGAAGCUAAACUUUGCCAAUGGUGACGCUAAUCCGCUGGCGAACCUUGGAGAAGCUCUCGAGCAGUACUUCGAACGCUAUGACGAAUUGAUAGUGGAGAAUAAGAAGCUAAUGUUUGGUGUUUGGAAAGGGAACGGGAAGUACUAUAUAUUCAAUCCGUACGGCAGUGACGAGGAAGGAAGACGUAUGCGAGGGUUUCCGGCUACUUUCAUCGUGGCUGACACCAUAAAUGAACUCACUAACGUUUUCUAUGAGAUUCUGGAAUACAACGAUCCCAAAUUCAAGCUUCAUUUCAUCGGAAUCGAGUCGAUUCAGCCGGGUGAUAAAUACAUUGUUCCAGAACCAAUUGAGGUACCUGGGGGGGAACUACCGGUUAAAUAUCAGACCAUAUUUUUGCCUGUUACUGACGAGGAUCUGUUCGUACCGGAACCGGAACCUGAGCCUGAGGUGCAGGUGAUAGCUCAGACAAAGAAAAAGAAGGGAGCAAACGACGACGACGAUGAUGAGGAAGAAGGGGAGGACGACGAAGAAGAAGAUGUGGAUGAUGAUGAAGAUGAGGAAGAAGAGCAGGGAAGCGAGAAACAAGAAGAGGCCCUGAUGUUGGAAGCCGAAAAACCGAUAAUAGAUCCCUUAUUGGAAGUAGAAGAACAAGAACAGCCCGAUGCUCCGGAUGAAUUGGACUUAACUCUUCUGUCUGGAACAGUGAUAAUUGAUACGAAAGGGGAGCAGCAUGGCGAAGAAAUAAACGAAGCACUGAUUUACGAGAAGCUGAAAUACAGACACCCACCGCCGUUCGUCUCCCCGCCAAAAAAAGUUCUUUGCGUACUGCUGGAGGCAAAGAAAGCGUCAAAAUCUUCUCACUCAUUAUUGUCAAGGUUCUCGAUUGACUCUAUGUUAUCGAUUAAAAAGGAUAGUGGUCUCCCCACCGGUGUACCUACUCAACAACCAACUAUAACAGCGGUUGACGUUACCGAUGGUGACAAGGUUUCAAAGGUCAUCAAACUUCCGCCUAAAAAGUAUUUAGUGUCAAGACUCCCAGAGAUUGGAUUCACGCCAAUUAGAGCUAUCAACGAAACGUACGUCGAAGAUGAAGAUUUGAAUAAAGGUAAGGAAAACGAAUGCCGCCAAAGCAAAAUUAAGAAAACUCCCCAAAACGUGGAGCGGGAAGACGUCGCAGAAGUUCCGACCACCGUGCGUAUCAAACCGGUUUUAAUUCCACUCGGACCACCAAUAAAAACACCAACCCCUGGAAAAAAACCGAAACCUUGCGUGGAUAGAAUAAAGAGACGAUGCAAAAUAAAUUCAAUCGACAAAGAAGAUCCAGUUCUGGAAAAGCUUAUGUGCAAGACUGAAGACUUACUGCUGGAUUUGAUGUUUCCUGACCCCGACACUGACGUGAAGAAAAGACAAGCAACCAUUCAUGAAAAAGAGAGGUCGGAUGAAAAGACGAAAAACAAUGAAAGCCGAGUUCGAAGGAAAGAUCGAAACAAGAAAGAAGCAUCUUCAGCAGAGCCGGAACGUUGUGGCUUUAGGAUGACCGAAGACGAAGUCGGCGUGAUAAAUGGGAAUAUAUGUUUGGGGGAUAGAGAAACGAUUGAAGAGUGUCACUUCAAGCAAUGUUAUUUCGCAGCGAUAAUCUGCGUGUUGGCUAAAAUUCGACUGAAUCUUGAUACGUUGCGAGGCAGUGUAUUAGACAAAUUUAUUCUAGCAGGUGAUGAAGUAUAUCAGCGCACAGGUAAACUGAGGUAUAAAGCUCUCCGUUGGUUCUACAACAUAGAAAUUCUUGGAUCGAAAUGUAAUAUUGCCUUGAGGCAAAUUGUGUAUGCCAAUCCCGAGGAGUGUUCGGAAGAUGAACUUCUGAAGGUGAUCGCAAAUUACUUGGAAAACGACAGGAGCGGUAUUCUCGUAUUUCCUUCCGCUAGCUACGCUUUUUGGUAUAGUCAAGAAAAGUAUUACCUCUUCGAUCCGUACAGCUGUGACGACGAUGGCCAUGCGAGUUCAGAUGGAUCAGCUUGUCUGAUGGAAUUUCAGGAUUUGGAUACUAUGAUUACCAGAAUUAAAGAAAAUACGGGAGAAGCAGCUGAUAAGGUAUUCCGAAUUCACGCUAUUGCCAUUGCGCACAUGGAAGAAAUUAAGCGAAAGCGAAAAAAGCGUAGAACAAAGAUUUCACGUAUUGAAACAGAGCCGCAGCAGCCACAACCAUCACCAGAGCCAGAGCCAGUUUUAUCACUCAUUGAACUGUCUGAAUGGGUGACAAAAGUGAAAAAGAACAAAGUUAUUUUUGACAUGACUAUCCCUGGCUUCGCGGCUGUUCCCAGCUUUAAUGCGUCCACACUGGAAGUGACCGUACUUGAAAAUGAUAUAACAAACCCAAUCAGAACUGAGUUUAAAACAAACAAAAUUGUGAAAGGCAAAGCGAAGGCCGUUGAUCAGUCUAAUGGCAUAGAUCUAGUACGUAAAAAACCGUACGACAGGAAGUUCAAAGAAAACUCAUUCGUUUCAAAACCUAUAGAUUUGUGCAUCAUCGCCUGGGCAUGUGUUCAUGACCCUACGCUUUGGGGUGGAAAAACUAUCAGAGGCAUAUGUGAUGCUGGAAGAGAUUUCACCGAGGACUGUAUAUUUGCAUCGGAGGAUACAACUGCUUCAGAUACGACGGAUGGAGUCUUGCCGGAGUUUACGAUAGCAAACUACAGUUUCCGAGCAGCGUUCGCUCCGCUACACCAAGGAACUUUGUACGCUGUAACCGGUUGGAACUUGGCAAUGUCCUUGAAGAAGUUAUUCAGCACGCCAAUUUACUCGGGCGCUAUAAUAAUUUGCGGCAAAGCACAUAUUGGCGUUAUGAAAAGGAAAGAGAACUUUUAUGCCUGGUGGAUAAUUCCUAGGACAAAACAACUGAAGAUCAUCACCUCGGAAGAAAUGGAAGACUUCUUGAAACUGAUCGUCCAAGAAAUCAAUGAGCCGAACGAAAUCGAAUUCUCGAUAAGAGCGGUGACAAUUUCGUAUGCUCGAAAAAUGGCACCUGACUGCGAGGACACAACCGGUCUUCACGAAAGAGCUGUGCCAGCUACGUCGUUGGCCGAAAUACACAGAAAAUCACUACCGCCUUACGACAUUGAGGCUCUAUUCCGGAAAACGGUAUCUGAUACCAAACCAAUAUUUGUUCAAGGAACGGUGGCUGUUCGAAAUCGCGAAAUAUUGACGGAGCCCAGAGUGAAACGAUGCUAUUUUGUAGCACUGUUAGCCGUCAUGGUGAAGAGAGACAUCAUUCAAAGUGCGGUGGCAGGAACGAUCGACAAAAUAAUCGAGGUUGCAGAGGGAUUGUACAAAGAGUUUGACGAGCCCAAAGCAAUUCAGUGA